UUCAAGGCACCAGAAUCAGUCAAAGCUAAUGCUUCACUAUACUUGCAUUCAUAUUUGAUCUAUGAUGACGUUGAUGUUGUUGGAUCUAAAAAGUUUCAAUUAAACACCUACUUACCAAAGAAGAAAGAAAUCAAACUUCAUAAACUAGUUGGUGGUGAUGAAGCUGAAGAAGAAUUCCAAGAAUCUGAUGUUGAAGAAGCCUCAACACAACCAAUUGCAUCAUAUUGGCAUCCAAAUGUCACUAUUUCCAUAACAAAACCUCCUGGACUAAUAGAUACCAAAACUUUACCACCUCCAUUAUUAGAGGUUUUCCCGUUAGAUCCAUUAGAUCGUCGUGAUAAUUUAACAGGAUUAGUCACUCAGUACUUCCCAAUCAUGUAUCAAAACAAGUUUUGGCAACUGAAAGAUCAUAUGAAUGAAAUUAAUGCAACAACUGACGAAUUAGAACUAAAUUUGAGUUUAGAUUUUGCCAAAUUUUGGAAAAUUCAAGCAUUAGCAAUAUUCACUGAUGGGUUGAAACAACAAGAAAACAAUCCAAUGGCUGGUGCUGGACUAAGUGAUGGAUCUGAAAUUGAUGCUGUCAAGAAAAUCUUGUUGGAUACCAAUCCUUACUUAUUAGCAAUUACAAUUGCAGUUUCUUUAUUACAUUCAUUAUUAGAAUUUUUGGCUUUCAAAAAUGAUAUUUCACAUUGGAGAAAUAAGAAAGAUAACGUUGGUGUUUCAGUUCGUUCAAUUAUUGCAAAUGUUAUUCAACAAGUUAUUAUAUUAUUAUAUUUGAUUGAUAAUAGUGAUGGUACUUCUUUUAUGAUAUUGGCAUCUCAAGGGAUUGGUAUUUUAGUUGAAGCUUGGAAAAUCACAACUAUCUUGAAAUUUGAAAUCCAAUGGGAAGGUUCAAUUCCUAAGGUUUUAGUUAGUGAUAAAUUCAAGUUAACAGAGACUGAAGAGAAAACAAAAGAAUACGAUUCAAUUGCUUUCAAAUAUUUAUAUUGGGUUUCAAUCCCAUUGUUAUCAGCCUAUGCGGUUUAUUCAUUGCUUUACAAAGAACAUAAGUCCUGGUAUUCAUUUAUUGUUACAACACUAGUUGGAUUUGUGUACACCUAUGGGUUCUUGACUUUAGUUCCUUCAGUUUACAUUAAUUAUAGAUUGAAAUCAGUGGCACAUAUUCCAAAGAAGGCAAUGGCUUAUAAAUUUGUCAAUACUUUCAUUGAUGAUUUAUUUGCAUUCGUUAUUAAAAUGCCUUGGUUACAUAGACUAGCCACACUCAGAGAUGAUGUUAUCUUUUUGAUUUAUAUUUAUCAAACAUGGAUCUAUAGAGUUGAUUAUUCAAGGGUCAAUGAGUUUGGCCAAGUUGGUGAAGAUGAC